GGACCCUUAGUGCACGUGACGAUCAGCUGAUUUGAACCGGAAACUGAGGAAGCAGACAACCAAAACAAGUAAUAUUCAUACACAGAAUUUGACUUUUGCAGUUAUUUACGAUUGUUAAUAAUGGAGUCCACCCUCGAACAACAUCUCGAUGAUACCAUGAAAAAUCCAGCAGUUGUCGGUGUGCUUUGCACGGAUCAACAAGGACACAACCUGGGCUGCCGCGGCUCCCUGUCUGAUGAACAUGGCGGUGUUGUGUCAGUUUUGGCCAAACAAGCUGGCGCUCUUACUAAAGACCCAACAGACAGUCCGACUGUGUGUCUGGAAUCUGAGUCAGGAAACAUUCUGGUGAGGAGUCAUGGCACCAUCACAGUAGCAGUUCACAAGAUAGCAUCUUGAAGACAACACGACUCACUGAGGAAUUUUUAUUGUAAAGAAAUGUACAUGUCAACAGGAACAUUAGUAUGAUCGCACAAUCUGAAUUGACUUUGAGAAAGAUCUGGUGUUUCCACAUGUCUGUUGUCCUUUCUAUAUUAUCCCAUAAUUAAACAUACAUGGUCCUUUUCUAAUAAA